UUGUAAAGGGCAAUAUCGCCGUUCCGGCCAUGGUUUAGUAACACAAAGUACUAGUGCGCCUCAAGUCCUCCAGGAGCAAAUCAUACAAAGUAAUAAUGUGCCUCAAGUCAAACAAGUACAAGAUUCAAGAAGUCAAUAUGUACCUCAAGUCCUCCAGGAGCAAAUCAUACAAAGUAAUAAUGUGCCUCAAGUCAAACAAGUACAAGAUUCAAGAAGUGAAUAUGUAACUCAAGUACAACGGGAGCAAAUCAUACAAAGUAAUAUUGUGUCUCAAGUCCAACAAGUACAAGAUUCAAGAAGUGAAUAUGUUCCUCAACUUCAACAAGAUGAGGACACUCCAAUUAAACGUAAAGAGGAUGUAUUAUUCAUGGACCAGGACAUGGGAUUUCAAAAUAUGGGAUCGAUUUUCAGUAUGCUAAAUGAAACAGAGGAAAAUAGCAAUCUUCACAUAGAUGGAGUAAAGGUUCCAGAGGGUGAGGAUGCAUCUAUGUUCGGUUUAGGAGCACCAAGCUCAUGUGCAAGAUUUAACAGUAAAAAUGCUCAGAUCAUUAGAAACUUUAAGGAAAAGAAACAAGGAAAAAGGAAUGUAAACAUCUUGUAUAGGUGUGCAUGCGAUACGUCGUGUAGAGAGAUUAAUUGUAAGAGAGGAGGCCAAAGAGUAUAUUUAUGAACUUGAUAGUUUAGCCCUGAAAGACACUACUUCGUAAUUUUAAAUGAACAACAUAUUUUGACAUUGGACAAUCGUCAUCCUAU